GCCAAACGUGCUGCACAAUGUUGUGUUUAAAGUAUUCAGAGUAGGGAUUAUAAUAUGCUGUCCGAAAUCAUCUCUCCAGGCUGCAGGUUCACGCCAUGGAGGCGGCCCUCCUUCCACGGCAAGAUCCGCCGCUGGCUGCGGUGGACCACCUCGGCCGUCCGGCCGUCCGCGGCAGCUCCGGCCGGUGGCCGGCCGCGCUCUUCAUCAUCGGAAUGGAAGUGGCGGAACGGUUCGCGUUCUGUGGCAUCAUGGGCAACCUGAUCAUGUACCUGACCGGCCCGCUCGGGCAGUCCACCUCGUCCGCCGCGGCGGCCGUCAACGCCUGGAUGGGCGCCUCGUUCCUGCUGGCGCUGCUUGGUUCGGCAGUUGCCGACUCGUGGCUCGGCCGCUAUCGCACCGUCGUCGCCGCAUCCGUCCUCUACAUCUUGGGGCUGGCCAUGCUCACCCUCUCAUCAGUUCUUGUGCCACAAGUGCGAGUGGAGUGUGAAGGCAGGGUGGAGGCAGCUGAAUGCUCAGAUUUGUCUGGCCAAGUGGCAUUUUUCUACUUCUCCCUCUAUCUGUUGGCGUUUGCCCAGGGUGGACACAAACCUUGCGCCCAGGCAUUCGGUGCGGAUCAAUUUGACGAGAAUGAGCCUCAAGAACUGGCAUCGAGAAGCUCUUUCUUCAAUUGGUGGUUCUGGGCUGCAUAUGGCGGCAAUACUUUUACCGUCUCCAUACUUAACUACAUUCAAGAAAGCGUAAGCUGGCAGCUUGGGUUUGGGAUCCCGUGUGUUGCCAUGAUCCUUGCCCUUGCUGUUUUCUGUAUUGCGAGGAAGACUUACCGCUUCUAUCCUCCUAAGACUAGUGGAAACCCUUUUGGCCAAGUUGGCAAACCGUUUGCAGCAUGGAUUCGUGGUUGGCUUGCAGCAUGGCACUCAAGAUUACCUGCUGAUUCUAGCUGCGAUCUGCCAACACCGUCGUCACCGAAGGUGGAUGCUAGUGAUAGCGACACGGGCAGCUCGAAUGAUCCUCAUGAAGCCACAGCAUUGCUCAGGUUGUUUCCCAUAUGGGCUACCUGCCUGAUUAACACGGUUGUUGGCGCACAGUGCUUCACUUUCUUCUCUAAACAGGCAAGCACACUGGACAGGAACAUAGGGGGCUUAGUGGUACCAGCUGCUUCCCUGCUAAACUUGAGCAACGCUUCGAUCAUGAUCUUUCUUCCAAUCUAUGACAAAAUCUUCGUUCCGAUAGCUAGGAAAUUUACAAAGAACCCUUCAGGUAUCACAGUGCUGCAGAGGGUCGGCACCGGCUUGGUUAUUAUGAUCCUCAUGGUGAUUGUUGCUGCCUUGGUGGAGAUGAGAAGGCUCAAGCUAGCAAGAGACUACGGCCUCUUGGAUAAGCCUGGAGCUGUUGUUCCUAUGAGCGUCCUAUGGAUGGUCCCUCAGUACAUUCUGUUUGGGUUGGCUGAUGCGGUUGCACUCGUCGGCCAGCAGGAAUUCUUCUACGACCAAGUUCCUGAUGGUUUCCGCAGCAUGGGCUUGGCUUUGUACAUAAGCAUAGCUGGAAUAGGGAACAUCAGCAGCAGCUUUCUUGUUUAUGCCAUCGACAAGGUGACCAGUAGCACCGGGGGAAGCUGGUUCUCCAACAAUCUUAACCGAGCCCAUCUCGAUUACUUCUACUGGUCUCUUGCACUGCUCGGUGCUUUUGGCCUCGCUGCUUACAUCUACUGUGCACAAGCCUAUGUGCAUAAGAAAAAGGGUAGAAUGAUUGCGCAUGAGAUGAGCUCUUGAGUUUCAUGACAGUCAAGCGCAUAAACUAGCUAUUGGUGUUCUUCGUACAGAUUUUUAUUCCAAAGUUAUAUGGGUUGCAGAUGCUUUCAUAUGUUCUUGUACACUGCCUUUGAGGAUGGAUGACGGUUAAAUUUGCUUGCAGUAGUCUUCUGGAAAAAGAUCUAGCUAGUUUGAAUUGUAUUCUUGAUCCUGAUUUGUGUAUUCCUAUCUUGUUACAACAAGAAACCGUAACUACUUCGUUA